CCUUAAAAAUCCCCAUAAAGAUUUGUUUUGAUUAUUUUUUCAUUUGUAAACUUUGUUUCUUUCUCCCCCUCUGCGUUGUCUUCUUAAAAAACAAAACAUUUUUUUUUCUAUCAGAACUUGCUUUCUCCACACUGCAAAGCUAAUUGAAAUUUAAAAAUAGCAACAAUCCCGACGAAAGAAAAUAAAAAGUCGGAGACUGUACAUCUGGGUUUGUAGCUUUGACCUUAGAUCUUCAAAUUUUCUGUAAUGGGCAUGGCAGCAGUGGAAUCGCAGUUUCAUGUUUUAGCCGUCGAUGAUAGUUCAUUAGAUAGGAAACUCAUAGAGAGACUGCUUCAAAAGUCUUCGUGUCAAGUAACAACUGUUGAUUCAGGCUAUAAGGCUUUAGAGUUUCUUGGUAUUGAGAGUAACGACCCAAAUGCUCUUUCUACAUCUCCUCAGGAGGUUGAAGUUAAUCUUAUCAUUACAGACUAUUGUAUGCCAGGCAUGACUGGUUAUGAUUUGCUCAAGAAAGUCAAGGAAUCACCAGCUUUUAAGAACAUACCUGUGGUAAUAAUGUCCUCAGAGAACGUUCCUGCAAGGAUCAGCAGAUGUUUAGAAGAAGGAGCUGAGGAGUUUUUCUUGAAACCAGUAAGAAUGGAUGAUCUCAACAAGUUGAAACCUCACAUGAUGAAAACAAAGUUGAACAACCAGAAGCUGGAAGAGAUUGAAAAGCCUUUAAAUGUAGCAGCAGCCGCCGCAGCAGUUGAACCAGAGAUUACAGAUUCAGCAGAAGUUGGAAGCAAAAUCUUGACUCUUCAGUCUGAACUAGAACCGAAACAAGUACAUCUGCAAGUAGCACAACAAGAGGAGCAGCCAUUGGGUAACAACAAGAGGAAGUCCAUGGAAGAAGGGCUCUCAACAGAUAGAUCACGUCCUAGAUUCGAGUGUAUCACAACCGCUGUCUGAUUCUACCACCUUGAUGCUUCUUUUUCAGUUUCUAAUUUUAGAGUUUUGUAGGAAUGCUUAUGCUGCUAGUACAAUACAUGGUUCCAGUAGGGAAUAUAGAUGGAUGAUAAUGAAUAAAAUGAUGAUGAUGAUGAUGUAUGGGGAUAAUGUUUAUAUGUACAUCAGUAAAUCUUUGGUGAUAACCCAGUUA